UGAUAAAGAAGGUCCUACUGUGGGAGCCCCGCAAGGCUGCCUUUGGACUAGAAGCCAACCGGGAGCGGGCGGUGAAAAUGGCAUCGCUCCGCGCUGCUGCCAGAGGUCACUGUCGUGGUGCCACGGGUAGGCUGAGAGCUGGGGUGGGGGAGACUAUUAAAAUGCGGUGAAUAAGAUUUUAUCACAGACUCGGACGAGACGCGGGGAAGAAGAGAGCAAGCUGGCGCUGGGAGGGCGGCCUUGGAGUCCGCUGCUCCCCGCCAGGGUCAGAAGUUGGACCGGUGUUUGUUCUUCCCGAUGAAAGAAAACCGCGGGAGAGCGCUGAGCUCCGGCGAACUACAUUCAGCCAGUGCGCCUGAAAAUGAAUUUUAGCAGCUAUGUGCGAAAACCCUAGGUGUGUGGACAGAAGGCAGCCAGCCAGAAGGUUACAACAGGUCAAGAAUAAAUAACCAGCAGGCGGAGGAUCCCAGAUUCUGUCCUCCCUUUUGUUGGGUGAGGAGCGCCAGGCAAACGCGUCCACAAAGGCUUUGGAAAGAAGCGGUUCGGCAGGGCACGCGCGGCUCCAGUCCCGGUGCUACAGGCAUGGAUGGGAAGAAAUGCAGCGUAUGGAUGUUUUUACCUCUUGUGUUUACUUUGUUUACAUCAGCUGGAUUAUGGAUAGUAUACUUUAUAGCUGUGGAAGAUGACAAAAUUUUCCCAUUAAAUUCAGCCGAAAGGAAACCGGGCGUGAAGCACGCACCCUAUAUAAGUAUUGCAGGUGACGAGCCUCCUGCAAGCUGUGUGUUCAGUCAAGUCAUGAACAUGGCAGCGUUCCUAGCUCUCGUGGUAGCUGUUCUGCGCUUCAUACAACUGAAACCCAAGGUUCUAAAUCCAUGGCUGAAUAUUAGUGGAUUGGUGGCACUGUGUCUGGCCUCCUUUGGAAUGACCUUACUUGGUAAUUUUCAGCUCACGAAUGAUGAAGAAAUCCACAAUGUUGGAACUUCCUUGACCUUUGGAUUUGGGACAUUGACCUGCUGGAUCCAGGCUGCACUGACACUCAAAGUCAACAUCAAGAAUGAAGGACGGAAAGUUGGAAUUCCACGAGUUAUUCUCUCAGCAUCUAUCACUCUCUGUGUGGUCCUCUAUUUCAUCCUCAUGGCCCAAGGCAUCCACAUGUAUGCAGCCAGGGUCCAGUGGGGUCUGGUCAUGUGCUUCCUGUCAUAUUUUGGCACCUUUGCUGUGGAGUUCCGGCACUACCGUUACGAGAUUGUUUGUUCCGAGUACCAGGAGAACUUCCUAAGCUUCUCUGAAAGCCUGUCCGAAGCUUCUGAAUAUCAAACCGACCAGGUGUAACUGAUCAGCUUUUCCUUGCCGGGGAGGUGGGUGUGCUGGGGGAAGGAGCCAGGACACACCCACAGGACUUGGUACAGAACCUCAUAACCCAUUUUACACACACACGUUCAUGGCCACAUUUGCCAAAUGAGCUUUUCAGGGCAAGUUAUUUCUUUAACGAAAAAGCACAAGCCCUUAUGUGUCGAAAUACACGCUGUUACACUAAAAAUAUAUGCACGACAGAGCAAGAAGCUUGUGCAUGGUCACUUCUUUUCCCUCUCUCUCCCAGCACUCCCUGCUCUUCUCAUUCUCAUCACUUAUUUCAGACAUCCUCAUCACCCUACCACAGAGUAGGGCGGGUCAAAUGUAACCCGGGAAUAAUGCCAACUCCCAAAGUUGCCUUCAGAUCCAAAGGGCUUGGAACCGGCUCAUGAGGAAGUUCUGAAUCUGGCACUAAUACUCUUGAAUGGACUGAGUAUCAUCUAAUUGGUUGGAAACUAUAGCGAUGUGACCCUGUGUAACCUGUGGAAAAGCAUGGGGUCAAGAACUUCCCCAUAAAAACUCCCUUCAUCACUGUUCAGUGGUCGGCUGUGUGGAGUCAAUGAGAGGAAUAUGCUACAAGCCCACCGCCAGGAUUUGGACUUUACUGUGACUGAGAAAUAUUUCCAAAUGUGAAUAUUUGUAGGGACGUGGUCUGCCAGGCAUGGGACAAGAUGGGGGCAGUGAGGGUAUGGUCUAAUUUUUGCUUCCAUAGUAUGCUAUGUACAGCUUUUGUUUUGUAUUUCAUAGUUUGCCUUCUUUUUUUCUUUAAGCAACUACCAUGGGUCUCUCAAGGCCUCAUGGACAAAGAAGAUGUGGGCCAAAUGCAAGAGCUGAGCUUGUUUUGGGUUCAACCAUGAUAAAAGAAAAAAAAAAAGAAAAAAAAAGUGACCUGCAGGCUUCAUUUGCUGCUUUUAUGUUCAAAAGCUAAGAAAAUGUUCACAGAAAAGCACAAAGAAAUAUUUGUGGAGGUAAUAAAAAGAGCUCCUGCUGGACAUUUAUAAAAGGAGUCUUAGAGCAUCUUGUUACAAGUCCAGAUCAAGGGAGAGCUUCUUAAUAUGGAUCUACAGCUCAAUUUAGUAUUUGAUGGGGGGGGAGGGUUAAGGCCUUUUUCAUACCUGGAAUUUGUAGAGACCAACUAAACCAUCACCCUUCCCCCCGAACUGGCAUGGCUGCUCCCCUACCGCCCAACAUACACUUUCCACCUGCGAAGAGUUUAGAAUGCAAAUUAUAUACCUAGGCUUUUCGGGCUGUGCUUCACAAAGAGCAGAAUUCUAAGUUUGAAAUGCCCUGGAGCGGGCCACAUUGACAGACCCUCCAUGAGUGCACUUUGUUUCAAGAAGUCCCCAAAUGUACUUCACAGGAGCCUGGGGAUCUCGUGGAAUAUAAUGUGAAAAACAUUGUUUUUUAAUUCAACCCAAACUCUGAAUCUUGAGGAAGGGGUCCAUGACUUUUCAUCUCUGGAUUUCUCUCUGCCUCCCAGCACAGUGCCUGGCACGUAUGGGUGCUCAACAAAUGUCUGUCAAAUAGAAUACUGGUCAUUGAGGCGUAGGAGAAAAGAGUAUCAGAGAAAGGUGCAGAGAGGAGAGAACCGAUGACCGUUUCAAGCAAGACAGGAAUGGAAGAAAUCCUAGAGAAGGAUCAGAUGGCGGUGAGAACACCUACAAGUGCCAGGUGAAAAGCGAGGAGAAUCAAGCAGAGAGCAUUCUCCUAGGAAAAGGCUUCGCACUGUAAAUAGUCCAAGGUGACAGUUAUCAGUUUUGAAUACUGCGUUUGGGUUUGUUUUUUCAUUUUUAUAUUUUAAAAAUUUUAUCAGAAAACAAAGAUUUAUGAAGUUUUCUUUUACUCUACACAAUCCAAAUUAAACAGCUUUUGGUGAUGCACUGUACACUUUCUUAAGAGUAUAUCUAAAUAGCACAUUUUAGCAGAAUCAAGCAAUGACUGGCAUUAUUCAUUGGGAUCUGACCACUAAAUAAAAUUCUUUUAUGCAGAAUUAUGAUUUGUCUCUUACACUAACAUUUCUUCUGUAAUAUUGAAGCAUGUGUAAAGUCCAUCAGAUAUUCUGUUGAAAAUAUACUUCAGUGGGGCACCUGGGUGGCUCAGUCAGUUAAAUCUCCGACUCUUGGUCUCCCCUCAGGUCAUCAUCUCAGCGAUGUGGGAGGGAGACCCUGCAGCACAGCUCUGUGCUCAGCUGGGAGUCUGCUUGAGGUUCUCUCCC